CAAUCAAUUCCAAUCUCCAAUCAGUACUCAGCUGUGUUGUGUGUAAAUUGACAUCAGAAGCGACUUCAGAUUUUAUAAAUUUUAAGCCAGAAAACACUACUCAAAGCCAACCUACUGUGAUAAAGCUAUAAAUUUGAGCAAAGCAGAAAACCAACAAAUAAUAAGCAAAAUGGAAAAAGCUGCAGUUAAGACGUACGAAUCCAAAUUCUGGGAUCAGACUGACAGUGACGACAGCGACAUGGAAAAUGACAUCGAUGUUGAUAAAUUAGCACCGCUGGAAAUAGGACCAAACGAGAACAGACUUCAGUACAGUUACUGCCUUUGGUUUGCCCGCAAAGGGACACACUGUCCAGGGGACUACAGUAAAUCUUUACAUGUAGUCGGUCGGUGUGCAACGGUUGAACAGUGGUGGUCACUCUACUGCCAUUUAAAACGACCGACCGCUUUGAAACCGUUCAGAGAAUUGAGCCUGUUUAAGCAAGGUAUUAAGCCGAUGUGGGAGGAUCCAAGUAACCUGAAGGGCGGGCAGUGGGUGAUUCGUUUGAAGAGGCAUAAAAUUGACAGGGCUUGGGAGAAUGUGUGCAUGGCUAUGUUGGGCGAGCAGUUUCUAGUUGGACCUGAAAUAUGUGGAGUCGUUCUGACGACAAAGUACCCGGAGGACAGUUUAUCGGUCUGGAACCGAACUGCAACAGAUCACGCAUGUACAGCAAGAAUCCGGGAUACGCUACGUAGAAUACUAAAUUUACCUCUAAACACUCCUGUGGAGUAUAAGGCACACUGUGAUAGCCUGAAAUAUGCAGCCAUGGCGAAAGGAAAUAAUAGUGUUAAAAGCUGAAAACAAGCAAUAACUAUGACUGAAUAGACAAAAAAUACUAUGGCAAACAAAUGCAAACAAAUCCUUUCAAUAAAAUGCAAGAAAUCUUUGAA